CUCAUCAGCAGAAGAUACAAGCACAUUUUGAUUCACAGUUUUUCUUUCUUAAAAUUUCUUCACAACUUUUGGGUUUUUGGUAGCCUCCAGCUUAGCUCCAUGGACUAACCUCACUAUCCUUGAACAAGCAUCCACAGUGCCUUAUCUGCGUCGACAUUAGACAACAUCUCACAUGGCAGCUUUUCAGACCACUGCAUGGAGGUUGAUCUCUGGGGUCUUAGGAGUAAUAUGCCUUUCGUUGAUGGCUGCUUUGGGAGUUCUGUUAAAAAAUUCACUUACUAAACAAAGUGUUCAGCCUGAACCCUCCACAGAUCUUCAGGAAGAAUCUGGGUGCUUUUCUUGCCAAGAAAAGUGGAUUGGCUACCAACACAACUGUUAUUUUGUUUCUAAUGAAUUAAAAACAUGGAAAGACAGUAGGGAUUUUUGUGUUUCUCAUAAUUCCAGUCUACUUCAGAUACAAACCAGAAAUGAACUGGAUUUUAUGAAGUUCAAUACCAAUUUUUACUGGAUUGGGCUUUCUUACGAUGAAGAACAGCAUGCCUGGUUGUGGGAGGACAAUUCUACUCUCUCCCAAGAUCUAUUUCCUUUCCCUAAAUCUAUAAAUCCAAAGAACUGCAUCAUGUAUAUCCCAAUAGGAACCAUUUUGGAAGGACACUGUGAAAAGAAGUCUCGUUAUAUCUGUAAACAACAGCUUAUUUAGAUGUUUCUUGGGGCAGAAGUGUUGUGCAAUGGAGAUUCAAUAUUACUUAGAAUGGUUACAAAUUGUAUUGCCUACCUCUGGGAUCUUUAAAAUGUUCCAAAUUAUGGUUUAUCAAUCAUAUAAUUUUCAUGUAUUUGAAAAUAUAUAUGUAAAUUUUGUAUCACUGGUGGCUCAGAG